AUGGGUGGAAAAAAGAAGGAUCAAGCAGAUAAAUCUGGAUCACAACAUGAUGAGUCAAUAAACAAGCCGCAACCAACCACGUGCACUGAUACUCAAAUUUCUACAAAAACAUUUACAAUGUCGUCAGGUCUUAUUGGUAAUGUAAAUCAACUAUCCUUCGAUGGAAAUUUAUGUCAAAAUUGGUCCGAUUGGUUGCAAGAGUUCAACAUUUAUUUGAUUGCGAGUGGCUAUGAUAGUUAUUAA